UCAGGAGUUCUUUUGCAAGUAAAUCCAAGUACAAACUUGCAAGUAUCUUUCACUAUUUUGGACUGUAUCUUGAUUUUUUUGCAGCAAAGACUUUGUGAUGUACGUUGGAGGCCCUGUUUGGGCAUUGGAUUGGUGUCCUAGAGUUGAUAAAAGGCCUGAAUGUCACAUUAAAAGUGAGUUUAUUGCGGUUGCUGCUCAUCCUCCGGAAUCUUCAUAUCACAAGAUUGGUGCCCCACUUACAGGCAGAGGUGUCAUCCAGAUAUGGUGUCUCUUAAAUGUCAGUACGAAAGAGGAAAAUUUGUUUCCUCAGGCAAAGAAAAGGCCAAAAAAAAAUUCCAGGAACGGUGAAUCGGUGAAGUUCAAAGCAACUCAGCCAAAGGCAAAAGGGAGGCCUAGAAAGAAGCCAGUAAAUGAAUCUGUGGACAACCUAGGUUGCAACAACCAAUUUGUCCCUCUUGCUGUUCAAUUCCCUGGAGAUUCUAACAAAUUGCUCCCUGUAGAGGGGUUUUCUGGGGAUACACAUGAACAUAUCACAAAAGAAGACACUGGUAGUAAACGAAAACGUUCCAGCAAAGGAGUGGCCAUGGAUAAUUCAGCACUGACAUCUUCAGCAAAUAAAAAAUUAAAAGGAAAGGCAAGGAAAAAAGGUCAAACUGGUCGUAAUGAUCUACCUUUGCUAACACAAAAGGAAAAUGCAGAGUUGUCCCUCAUGAGUCCGCAAAUGUCCUCAAGCUGUGGGCAGGAACCUCCAGGGUUAAGCAAGAGUGCUGCUAACCAUGGUUUUUCAGAAAUUGAUCCUACUGCAUACCCUAUUCCCGAGGAUCUUGCUUUGCCUAGAGUUGUGCUUUGCUUGGCACACAAUGGAAAAGUUGCUUGGGAUGUGAAAUGGCGACCUUCUAAUGUUUGUGAUACUGAAUCCAAGCAUAGAAUGGGUUAUCUUGCUGUGUUACUUGGGAAUGGAGCUCUAGAAGUGUGGGAGGUUCCUUAUCCUCGUACAGUUAAAGUUAUUUAUUCUGCAUGCCAAAAGGAGGGUAGCGAUCCUCGCUUUAUUAAAUUGGAGCCAGUAUUCAGAUGUUCAAUGUUGAAGUAUGGUGAUAGAAAAAGCAUUCCUCUAACAAUGGAGUGGUCGUCAUCAUCUCUCCAUGAUUUCAUUCUGGCCGGAUGUCAUGAUGGAAUGGUUGCCUUGUGGAAGUUUUCGGCAACUGGUUCAUCUAAAGAUACAAGGCCUUUGCUUUGCUUCAGUGCAGAUACAGUUCCUAUAAGAGCACUUGCUUGGGCACCAUUUGAAAGUGAUCCUGAGGGUGCAAAUGUUAUUGUCACUGCUGGGCAUAGAGGCCUAAAAUUUUGGGAUAUACGUGAUCCAUUUCGUCCCUUGUGGGACCUUAAUCCAGUCCAGAGAGUCAUAUAUAGUUUGGAUUGGCUUCCGGAUCCAAGAUGCGUCGUAGUGUCCUUUGAUGAUGGUACUUUAAGAAUCCUUAGCUUAGUGAAGGCUGCAUAUGAUACCCCCGUGACUGGAAAACCUUUUGUUGGAACACAGCAACAGGGAUUCCACAGUUAUUAUUGUUCAUCAUUGGCAAUAUGGAGUGUUCAAGUUUCACGGCUCACAGGAAUGGUUGCAUAUUGUAGUGCGGAUGGUAAUGUUCUACGUUUCCAGCUUACAACUAGAGCAGUGGAGAAAGAUCCUCUGCGAAAUCGUGCUCCACAUUUUCUCUGUGGAUCACUCACUGAGGAAGAAUCAGCUCUUACAGUGAUCACUCCAUUGCCUGACAUUCCAUUCCCCAUGAAGAAGUCACUGAAUGAGUGGGGUGAUACCCCGAGGACCAUACGUGGGUUUUUAUCCGUAUCCAAUCAAGAGAAAAGAGCAAAGGAGCAAAUGGCAAAAGGUCAAUCAUUAGCUGAACAACCUUUAGCUCUGUGUUAUGGGGAUGAUCCUGGAAUGGAAUCUGGAUCUGACAACACAUUGGUGGCUCAGAAGAGCAAACAAGCACCAAGAUCUAAAGCAAGCAGUAAGAAAAAACAGAAAGCUGAACAAGCACUGGUAUGCAGAGAUGAAGAGCCAGAGAAUAAUCAGGUUGAAGAGAAGGGGGAGGUUAGGGAUGAAAUUGAAGUUCUUCCUCCCAAAAUCGUUGCAAUGCACAGGGUUAGAUGGAAUAUGAACAAGGGCAGUGAGAGAUGGUUGUGCUAUGGAGGAGCAGGUGGUAUUGUACGCUGCCAGGAGAUCAAUGUGUCUGGAGCUUGAUAACUUUACGUGCGCUUAUAGAUGUAAAUAGAAGGAUCGUUCCAUUGUUUCUGUAAGGUUGUCCUGCAAUAUUUAAAUCUCUAUGUUAUUAUGUUCUGAGACUUGCCAUUCAUAAUUAUCGGUAUACUAAGCUUAAUUUGGGAAUAUAAGUGGGGGCGUUGGGGGGUGAAAAUUGCUGGUUUCUGCCUGAUAAAUGUAUCAUUCCUGUGUUUUUGGUUGCAACAUUUGUAGAAUUCUAACAACAGAUGAAGUGGAAAAGAGCAAGAGACUACAAAGAUUUUAUGUUUGCUUUGAACUAUCAGCAUGGGUUCGAUUGGUAUGUUACAGGAUAAUUGGUUUGAAAAGCAAGAUCUGCUAUCACAAAGAAUUCUGAUAGGUGAUUAGUGGAGCUUCCGAUUCCUUUUUGUGAGUUUG